AUGGCGCUGAUCAUGCCCCCCCGUGAUGACGGCGAGGAGGAGGUUCAAGACCUUGUAGUGAGAUAUAACACAGGGCAUCCCCUUCUAGGAGACGCAAUGUUUUCCACCCGCCCGGACCCUUUCGACCCGCGCAACGUCAGUGGUCAUCAACGUGAUGUCCAUCGCCCGGUCUUCGAUCCGACCGGCAGUUAUCACAUUUACCCUGCCAACGCGGUACGGGAUGGGUCAUUGACAACGGACGACCCCGAGUAUUAUCAGGACCAGGUCCUGCCAUCAAGCUAUCUGCAACCCAAUUUCCGGAGGGUACAAUGCGAUGGCGUGCCCCACUUGCAGUAUCCAGAGGUAGAGAACCAUGCUUUUCUACAUAGCUCGACCCCCUUCACAUAUCACGAGGGGUUGUAUCAGCCAACACCAUGGAACCAGGCCCUGUAUGACCCAGCGUGCGGGGCGGACUCAGCCUCUGAGGAAUAUAGGGCAGCAUUAGCUCGGCAAAGCGAUAAUUUCCUCGCAUCGGCAUUCUCUCUUACCGAGUUUGCAACCAACUCAUAUGUACCUUCUCCACCACACGAAGCAUAUACAUCUCCUGGGGUCAAGCGAAAGCGGGAAGAAAUGAACAAUGAUUACGUACUUGGAGAAGAUUUUUCUCCCGAGGCUGCAGGACCACCCGUCAACUAUCGUCAGUUCAAGCGAUCGCCUAGCAGCAGCCCAGGAACACAGUUCCUACACGACCUUCCCCGUCCCGCCAAGAGCCCUCGCCUGUCCGAGGAAACUCGCUCGCCUGCUUUACAUGCUCCUAAGAUUGAACAACCACACCACACCGUGCUGCCUCCAGCAGCUACCCAGCAUCAGAUCCAUUGUGACCGACCAUCCUCAUGCCGACCUGCACUCGAGAGCGGGACUAGCAGUUCAUUGGUGACCACCAUAAAGAAUGCUACCGGCCAUCAACCUGGCAACAAGUCUACAGCUCUUUCUAUAAAGCCUACCACCAGAGUUCGAGGAGAUAAAAAGCAGGCUCUUGCCUGUCUCUUUUGCCGAGAGCGGAAGAUUGCGUGUGGUCGGCCACCUGCUGACAGUCCUGAUCGGACAUGCAACCAAUGUGCUCGCCGUCGUCUAAAAUGCGACUACCCCACAGAGUCCCGGCGUGGCCAACACAAGCGAAUUCGUCGGGCUGAAACCGGUGCUCCUACCGCAUGA